GGAAGAUCCGCGAGAUACAAUCGUGCACGGACAGUCUGGAACAUUGACUGGAGGAGAUCCACCUGUUGCACCGGAGGAAUACGAACCAGCGCCGCGAGGGGGCUCUGCGGGGCCAAUAACCGACGUGCCGGCCCAGAUGCUCAGUACAACCGAAGAUGAACCACAAGGCCGGGGGCCGAACUACGAGAACUUGAGGCAGAGUGAGGAGGUCUUGCAAGAGUCCGAAGAUCGGAACGCGCCAUCUGCCAGCGCGACCCCUGUCACGCCGCAGAACUUGCCGCCAGUCAUUCUACCGCACGAACAAUUCCUCGCCGGGGCGUCUGCCGCCCAGCUCCUUGACCACGAGACGCGGCAGAAAAAACAGCUGCAGAGCGAUUACCUCGAUCUCCAGACCGCCUUCAACUCACUGCUUGGGUACACGCGCCACAUCGCACUGCAGCUGACGGGUAAAAUUGACCGCGUUUUCGUUGUGGGCAGCGAAAGCCGAGUGGAUAAAGCAAUCAAAAAAGUUGAGAACGAGGCAGAGGACGUCGAGGGAAGUGGCGCCCUUGCAAUUGCGCCGUUAGAAUCGAGCCUGAGCCGGCUAGUUUUCCGCGGGCCCCACCCCCCAGACCACGUGCUGCAGGAAAGCGUUCGCCGCUUCCUGGUGCAGGAGCUCCACGUCGUCGGACUGGAGCCAGCGCGUGUGAUGCAGUCUUCCAACAGCAUGACGCCGCCGGUGGUCCCUUCCCCACUCGCACAGCAACAGCGGGAUCUGCUUCGAGACUGCGUCGAGGAUACCGAAGAACUUAUGGUAAGUACCGAAGUUACCUAUUACGUAAUCCACUGAAUUCAAUAAAAAUGUGACUCAUCCACCGGGAUCGCCAUUUUUUCCAAACAGGAAGUUUUUCUCGAUAUUACCAAAUUUCCUAGGCGCGAAGUGGGCGGCGCUUUUCCGAGGGACUGAAGACGUUCACGACGGUCGCCGACGCCGCGCAAAAGACUGCACGAGCCGCAGAUCGCGAGCUGGACAAGGCACGCCGGGAAAAGGCGCUCGCCGCGAACGAAGCGGCUCGGGAAGCGCUGCGUGCGAGCGAACUGGAACUGAAACUGUCCGCGACCGUGGGCCAACACGCCAAGGAGCUGGAGGCGUUGCAGCAGUCCGUGCAGAAACUGGACGCAACAGCGGCGCACUCCGUGGAGGAGCGUGUGAAGGACGGCACGAAAACCAACGAAAUGCUGCUGGAGAAGCAAUUCAGCGACAAGCUGCAGCUCCAGCAGGACGCGCUCCGGGCGGCGCGGGGUGAACGGGAGGAACUCCGGGACGAGCUCCGCAUGCAGGAACAGAGGCACUUGGCGAUCGUGGACGAGCUCAGGAAGUCUGUGACCGAAUUCCAGACGCUCCUGGACGUGGAGCGCGAACAGACCUACGCUCUGGGCGAAGACAAGGCGCUGUUGGAGAACGAGAAGGCUCGGCUGGAACACGAGCUUGAAGUCGCGAAGGCAUUGCAAAACGACACCGCGGAACUGCUCGCGAACGAGCGAAAGGAACUUUACGAGCUGCAAAACGUGCAUGCGGAACUCGAAGCGGCAAGCGCCCGUAACGGGGAGUUGGCGGAACGACUCGAGAAGGCACGCGAGGAACUGGCCGUCACGCGCGAACUCAAAGACGAAAUGCAAAAUCGCUAUUUCGAAAUGGAGCAGCGACUCGACGCGGUGGGAAGCUCGUCGUUUUUGAAAGAUGUCGCCGGCCGGGAUUCUAGUGCGUUAAUGAAAGAGUUUUUCGCUGCGGGAAACCUAGAAACCGAGUACAAUCUGCCGCCAACUUGGUUUCGCCAGUUGAUGCGGCGCAGCCAGGGGGGCAUAGCACUUCCAUGAAGUAGCCAAUGGCACGGCCUUGAGCCCGCCAGUGUUGAAAAGUCGCAGCGACAGUGUGUUUCUAUGAUGAAUGUACGUGGCCUUGAUGCAUGAUUUUGAUUCGGGAAGUACAGGAGCC